AUGUGGGAGCCCUGGCUAAAACGGACUCUUUUCUUUACUCUCUAUGUAGGGAGUAGCCUUUUUACUCUGCCUCCUGCUCAAGCUCUACCCCAGGAUGGGCCCCAGACUGCCUCCGUGAUUCAAGAGGUUGAAGUUAUCUCCGCCUGGGCUCUCGGGCAGGAUACAAACGCCGAACAUUUAGAAGCUCGACAAAUAAUUCCAAUUUUCAAGGGAAUUGGUGGAGUAUAUACCAAGUAUCGGACGUCGUCACUUCCACAACCUACCGCAAACUCUAUUGAUACCAGGUAUAAGCCAUCGCCUCCAAGUCUUGAAGGCCCAGAUCGUGAGAAAGAAUUAGACUUUAACGGCCGGGAGUGCAAAGUUGGUCUCUACCAUGAUCGAUGGUUUAGAAACACGGAGCCGGGGUAUGGCGGGACGCCCUACACACGAUGGGAAGGCUAUCCGCUCGGCCGUUGGGGCGACCAGAUUCAAAAGGAGGAGAAUUGUUUUGACGUUGAAGACCUCAACCCGGAAUUAAAGGACCAGAUACGUUAUGCCGUCGUAACGGGACAUUGCGGGUGCCAGUUUUAUAGUAAAACUGGGUGCUCCGAUGAUUCUUGGUUGUUUUCGGGCCACGAUGUUGACGGCGAAGUUCCGUCGGUGGCAUGGGCUACGACUGCGAGUUUCCGCUGCCGCAAUAAUAAUCAUGUUGAUGAUUUUCAAAGCUGCAAAGUAACCUUCACAAACGGUGGAGAUGAGUGGGAACCAAACGGAAAGUACAACCUGUACUUUAACGUUAUGGACGGUUAUAACUACUUGACAUUUUGGUACCAGGAUUUGUAUUACGACAGAAGCAACAUCACAGAAGACCAGGAUGCAGGUGGUAGCUUAUGCUGGGCGACGGACAGCUUGGAAAAGCAACGAGAGGAUGGAAUGGCACAAUUUAUUAGAUACGGCAACGCCACCGGAUGUUCAUGUACAGUUUAUCGAGAGAGGACUUGCAGCGGGGAAGUGCUUCGCGAAGUGGGUGGAUAUGGGACAGACGUUCAAUACAAUUGGCCUUCGACUAACUACAUCCAGCCUGGAAGUGUUAGGUGUUGGCCUCCGUAUGGGUUGAACCAUGGGAAGCGGGCAGACGGGCUACCGGAGCGUCAAAACUGGGGAUUCGAAACUUGA